AUGGGGAAAUGGGGUAACCGGGUGGCGUAUAUGAAUCCUAUAGAAAUGACCAGGUGCAGGAGUGCAAGUCAAUCUGCUAGCCCAACUAUCCAAGAUUAUCUGAAUCUACCAAGGCCCACAUAGGAAGAAAUAAAGAAACAAUUAGAGAAUAAAAAGAAAGGCUCCAAGGCAUUGGCUGAAUUUGAAGAAAAUAUGAAUCAAAAUUGGAAGAAAGAGCUUGAGAAAUGCAGAGAGAAAGCAUUAGGUGGAAAUGUGAAUACAUCCAAAAGAAAAGAAGGACAGAAAAAGAAGAAGAAAUCAUGUCAGUAUACAUUCUCUUCAUCGAGCUCUGAUUCAUCAAGCAGUUCUCCAGAUUCUGAAGAUGAGUCCCAGAAACAAAGGAAAAAGAGAAAGAAAAAGAAGAGUCAUUCACACAAAUCAUCAAAGAGCUCAACAUCUGAAUCAGAAUUACAGAGCAAAAAGCUUCCCCGAUAAAAGAAAAAGGCAAAAGAUGAAACUGGGGAAGAGAAAUAUACCAAGAGCUACAGCAAAAAAAGAACCUAUUCAGAAUCCUCAUUUGAACCAGAUUAUGAAGAAGAGGGGAAUACAAAAAAGAAAAGAAAAUAUCAUGAGCAGGAAAGAGAAAUGGAAAAGGUGAAAAAGAAGAAAAAGAAGAAACAUCACAAGAAACACCAGAAGAAGAAGAAGAAG